UGGCGACUCUGUGACAAUGUGGAGAAAUCAUGUCAGAAAAUGCAGUUUGUCCUGGGGCUGUCAAUGCUGUGAAGGAAGUUUGGGAAGAAAGAAUAAAGAAACACAAUGAAGACCUGAAGCGAGAGAAGGAAUUUCAACAGAAGCUAGUGAGGAUCUGGGAAGAACGAGUAAGCUUAACCAAGCUAAAAGAAAAAGUCAUCAGGGAAGAUGGAAGAGUCAUUUUGAAAAUAGAAAAAGAAGAAUGGAAGACCCUCCCUUCUUCUCUACUAAAACUGCGUCAGCUACAGGCAUGGCAACUUCAUAGAACUGGUUUACUGAAAAUUCCUGAAUUCAUUGGAAGAUUCCAGAACCUCAUUGUAUUAGAUUUAUCUCGAAACACAAUUUCAGAGAUACCUCAAGGAAUUGGACUGCUCACUAAACUUCAAGAGCUGAUUCUUAGUUACAACAAAAUCAAGACUGUCCCCAGGGAACUAAGUCAUUGUGCCAGCUUGGAGAAACUAGAACUUGCUGUAAACAGAGACAUCUGUGAUCUUCCACAAGAGCUCAGCAAUUUGUUAAAGCUUACGCACCUUGAUUUGAGUAUGAACAACUUUACUAUAAUCCCUCUGGCGGUGUUGAACAUGCCUGCUCUUGAAUGGCUUGACCUGGGAAGCAACAGACUUGCACAACUUCCUGAUACUAUAGAAAGAAUGCAGAGUCUACAUACAUUAUGGCUACAACGGAAUGAAAUAACAUGCUUGCCAGAAACAAUCAGCAAUAUGAAAAAUCUGGGUACUCUUGUUCUCAGCAACAAUAAACUGCAAGAUAUUCCAGUGUGCAUGGAAGAGAUGACCAAUCUGAGGUUUGUCAACUUCAGAGACAACCCAUUGAAAGUGGAAGUAACACUUCCUCCCAGUGAAAGCACAGCAGAAGAGGAACAGGAAUUAUUUGGCCUUCAAUUUAUGCACGCAUAUAUACAAGAGUCCCGGAGAAGAGCAGAUAACCAACUCAACUGUUCAACUACUUUACCAAUCUCUAUAAAUACUGAUGGAUAA